AUGCGUGAUUGUGUGAGCUGGGAAGUAAGUGCUAAUGUGAUUUUUGAACGCUUGGAAGUGAACCUUUCAAAAGAUUGUCUCUUUGAUGCUGCCUCUAUGCACCAAAGCGGCGUGGCGGAGUAUCAGGUCACCGAGAUCCCCGAAGGGAUCCGACAACAUCCCUACCGCCGAGAUCAACUGCCCACCCUCGAGGCGCCCGAGAUCCGCCAACCACGCGCGAAGAAAGCGCGCGGAUUCGGGCGUGGCUUCGGAGACGGCGCGAGGUGUGCCCUCGCUGGUGAAUCUCCCCGCUUCGUGGGCCGUUCAGCUGCCACUGACCACGAAAUUGGAGGUCGACUGCAGGCGCAGAACCGAUCAGUCCUGCUGCUGUGGAGCGACCCGCUGGAUGGCACGGUGCGAGGGCGAUGCCUCUACACCGUGCCGCAUCCGAAGAUCCCCCAGCUCGACGAGGUGGACGCGAUCUUCACCGAGAUCGAGCCCUACUUUGCCAAGCGCUGGUUGAAAGUCCAGCUGAGCUUAGAUUCACCGCAAGCAGGGGACUUUGCCACGCUGGAGCUGGAGACCGUGGCGUCGCUGGGCGGCGCUCAGGUCACGGUCCUGGCCUGUCACCCGCGUGGCUUCGCCUCGGAGGCCGGUGCGGAGCGAGCGGAGGAGGGCGGUCGUGGGAUGGGGACUGCAUCCGAUGCAGUGCACGUGAGCCAAUGCCAGCCCUUGCCCUUCCAGGCCAUCACUGACGAAGCAGGGCAAGCGCAAAUUUGCUUCUUACCGGCCGCGCUCAACAAAGUGCAGGUGGCGGAGACGGACCUGUUUCACGGGACUGAGGCGCCAAUCGGCCGCGCGGUAUCGUUGAUGGGAUCGGAGCUCAAGAGCCUGGACGAGGGCGUGACCACGCUGACGGUGCAGCUCUUGCCCAAGGCGAGGGGUGAAGACACCCGGUGCCGGGAGAAGGUUAGGAGGAAAGAGAUGGCCGCUGAAGGAACCGAAGAGUGGCCUCCAACCUAG